AUAAACGAACUUAGGGCUUCCACCUGAAUCACAGUGUUGCUGUAUUACAGACACUCACUCGCUAAUGAAGAAGAAGGAAUAGCAGGGAUUAAGGACAGGCGUCAUCGUCUAUCCUUCACCACCACAAAAUAGUAAAUUACAGAACCAAAGAACCGCCGAGGAGUUGGACUGAGAUAAGUCUCUCUCUCUCUCUCUGGCUUCAUUUUUUUUAUCAGUCACUGAUGAAUCGAACUUUAAUUAUUUCUGCAAAUUCUUUCCUCCUUAAAUCAAUCUUCAAUAUUAAGUUUCAUUCAAAUGCAUCAUUUUCAUCGACAUCUGUAGUAGCACCAUUGUCUUCCUAUUCUUCAUCUCUGCAAACCACAACCCAGUCUUUAUCCAACUCAAUCUCAGGCUCACUUUACAGUUUUCUCCCCGAAACCCGGAACCCCAAUAAGAUAGUGAACCUCAUAUGCUCAAAGCUCAAACAACAAAAUGCCCAGAUCGACUCUCUUCACCAAGACAUACAAGGGCUUCUUCCUCAUUUGGGUACUCAUGAAAUUUCUAGGGUUUUGUUGAGGUGCCAAUCUGAUUCAUCUACUGCUCUCACUUUCUUCAACUGGGCCAAAAAUGAUCUGGGUCUCAAACCAAAUACUCUUUGCUAUUGUAUUAUUGUUCAUAUUUUGGCAUGGUCUAGGAACCUUGUCCAAGCAAUGAAAUUAUUGUCUGAAUUGGUAGAAUUGAGAACAGAUGUUUUCCAAAGUUUGGUUUCAUGUACUAAUGAGUGUAAUUGGGACCCUGUUAUCUUUGAUAUGCUUCUUAAGGCUUAUGUCAACAAGGGUAUGAUUCGAGAGGGUUUGAGAUCCUUUAGGCAAAUGGUGAAGCUUGGAUUUGUUCCGAGAGUUAUUACGAUCAACUGUCUAUUGAAUGGUGUUUUGAAGUCAAAUUAUGUAGAAAAAUGUUGGGAAAUCUACGAAGAGAUGGGAAGAAUUGGGAUACAUCCGAAUUCACAUACGUUCAAUAUAUUAAUUCAUGUUAUGUGCAGAGAUGGAGAUGUGGAUAAGGUGAAUGAGUUCUUGGAGAAGAUGGAAGAAGAAGGAUUUGAUCCUGAUAUUGUCACUUAUAAUACAUUGAUUGAUAGCUAUUGUAAAAAGGGAAGGUUAAAAGAUGCAUUGUAUUUGUAUAAAAUUAUGUAUAGGAGAGGUAUAACGCCAGAUAUGGUUACAUAUACGGCCUUGAUAGAUGGCUUCUGCAAGGCUGGCAAUGUGAGAGAGGCUCAUCAGCUCUUUCAUCGGAUGGUUCACAGAGGGAUUAGUCCAGAUAUUUUUGCAUAUAAUACCCUUAUACGUGGUUACUGUAAGGAGGGAAUGAUGCAAGAGGCGAGGCUUUUGUUGCAUGACAUGAUUGGGAAUGGGGUUCGCCCUGACAGAUACACUUGUUGUAUACUUGUCGAAGGAUAUAACAAAAAGAAUAGGUUGCUUCCAGCCUUAAAUCUGGUUGUGGAGCUUCAAAGAUUUGGUGUUUCAAUCUCUCGUGAUGUUUAUGCUUAUCUCAUUGUUUCUCUCUGUCAGGAGAGUCGGCCAUUUGCUGCCAAGAACCUUUUGGAACAAAUGUCUCGAGAUGGCCACGAGCCUACAUUGGAGAUCUACAAUGAGUUGAUUGAUUCUCUAUGCAAGUGCAAUUGUGUGGAGGAGGCAUUACUCUUGAAAUAUGAAAUGCUUUGUAAGGAUAAAAAACCGGAUUUAGUUACAUAUAGAGCUAUUAUAGGUGGUUUGUGUAGAUUGAGUAGAAAUGUGGAGGGUGAAUCCCUAUUGAGAGAAAUGGUUGACUCUGGAAUGCUACCUGACAUAGCCAUUUGCAGAGCUUUGGUAAAUGGAUACUGCAAAGAGAGGAAUAUCUAUAAAGCGGAAUCAAUACUGAGAUACUUUGCCGAGGAAUUCCAAAUAAAUGACACAGAAUGUUAUAAUGCAGUUGUCAGGGUUCUUUGUGAGGAAGGCGGCGUUUCUAAGUCCAUGGAGCUUCAGGAUGAGAUGCUGAAAUUGGGCUUUGCGCCAAAUAGCCUGACGUGCAAGCAUUUGAUUGAUGGUUUGCGGGGCGAUAUGGGUGUUGGCAAAAACAGUCAUCAUGUAAAUUGAGAAUGUUGAACUCGUGUUUCAGAUAAUUCUUUGUGGCCUUGUAAUGUGGAGGAUGUAGCAAGUGCUCGCACAGUUGCAUGCAGCGUGCCCGAGUUUGUUGGAGUGUUUUCUUCUUUGGUUUUGAUGGGAGUUGUGAUUGCUGUAUGUGAAUCAUGCUGCUUGGUGGACUGAUGGGAAUGAGGAGUAGGGGCAGAAGAACAUUUCAGAAAAGUUUUGAAACAGGAAUGCCAUUUAACUGGAGCCUAUACGCAAGUAGAUAAAGGAUGGUUCAGUGCAUGAGGCUCUGUGACUAGAGAGUCGCAUAUAUAUGAUUUCAUUUCCUUGUUUUUAUUCUUACAAGCAAUCUCAAUGUAUUUUACUUGAAUAUAAAUGAUUGCAACUUCUCUUCCAAGAUGGUUGGAGGUAGGUGUC